AUGGGAGAUUACAUGCCCGACCUCUGGUUGUUGCUAUCAGGUAUAAUAUAUAAUUCACCGUACAAUAUCAUCAGGUACCAGUUAAUCGGUGGUAGCCAAACGAAAAGACCGACGUGCAAUACGGUUCUGUGCCGUCGCUCAACCCAUUCAUCAUAUCAGUUGCGUUGUUGCCCAAGGAAAAGUGACAACUUCGGAAACCUCCUGACCAUCUGAGUAUUUUUUGUGAGGGUUCUAAGACAGUCUGUACUUGCCAUGUAUAUAGUUCUCGAUGGAUCUACGUUUUCCGUCUUAUGGCUAUUAAGUGGUUAGGGAUAAGAAAAGGUAAUGACAGAAAAGCAACAACUUGAGUGUGAUGUCGGAUUUUCACUGGCCACUAUCGUGACGCAAUUCGACGUACGGCAACUACUAAUGCAUGACGUCCUUACAGUGCCUAACUGAGUAAGUAAUCUUGUCUUUGUAUCCAUGGAAAAACUAAACUAAAAGCCUGCCUUCGACUUUAGGUCUUUCUUGUUAUUGUUGUACAAACUUCCAAAUGCAAUGAGGAGCUGACGAAAGGGAUUAAAACCAGGUCAAGUACAAGUUGCGACGUAGUGUACCUUAGUGAGGUGAGAUAAGCAGUAAUAGCAGAGCCCAAUUAUGAUUUGAGAAUGUUCAUUUUCCUCGGAAAGUAGUAUUAUAGAUCCAAAAUACCAUCGUUUCAUAGAUGCCAGUACAUUUUUAUUUCCUUCUCUACUUAAAACAUUAGGUUCUUCAACAACUUGAAUUUCGGCUGAAGAAACGACGUUCUCUGUUCCAUCUUCCCACUUAACGAGAACAUCUAUAAUGGUUUAUUUGUCAAAUGGAUAUAAUCUGAAAAAAAGAGAUGACUAUAUUCAAAUGUAAUCUCUGUUGGAGCAUUUAUUGGAAUAAAACCUGAUACCUAUUCAAGAACAUCUCAUACCUACCAUUAAAUUAAUAUAUUGAAAUAGUCGAGUUUCGUAGCACAAAAAAAUCAUUAAAAUUUUUUCAUAAAUACCUUAAAAAAUAAAUGAUAAGCUUAGAUCACUAUAUAAAGUAUUCCUACUACUUAACAAAUUGACACACCACUGUUGCGCUUACCGGACGGCCACCGGGGGUUUUUAGGUUAGAAUUUUUUCCAACACUGUCUUAUUAAAUAUACUGUGUCAUGCACUGGCACUGUGUCAGCACGAAAUCACUAUCGUAUAUUCCAAUAAAUGUGUGUAGAGUCAGUACAAAUUUUGAUACGUGUGAGGUAUAAAUACAUAUACGUCAACUAUGCGGGAACUGACAAGUCUGUCUGACAGGUUUUGUCAUUCAGUCCAGUAGCGUAUAUGUUGCUUUCUGAACUUUUUUAUUGGCGUCACUAGCACGUUGUACAUCUGCACUAUUUUUCAUCAAGUAGUGUUUUCAUUAACAUUGAUUUAAAGUCUUUUAGUGGGGAUAAACAAUAUUCACAAUGACAUGAUACUAAGUAAAUAAGCACUAGAGUAUUUUCAAAAAACGAAAAGGCGUAAGUCUAUAUACGCCAGUUUGUCUUUUUAAAACUUGUAACAACAGGAGGUCCAACCACAUACUGAUUUGCCAUAUCAUGUUAAAUAUAAGAAGGAGAGAUACGUCACUUUGUCAUACAAUAGAUAUCCAUUUUUAGAUAUUUUUGGUGGUGGUAACUCGAAAUGGGCAUUUUCCGACUUACGCCCCUUUGUCUUUCUAGCGACGAUGUGUUCGUGCCAAAUCAAAUCCCCAGUGAUCUGGACUCCGACCAGCCGAAAUGAACAGCUCUUUGGUAAAACUUGGCCAUCCAUCGAAACCGGAUGAUACUACAGCAAAUUUAAAUACUACCGUGAAUGAAAUUUUAAAUUAAAAAUCAAAUCAAAUCGACUCUGCUAUUUCUGUGGCACCUCACGUCACGUGAGUCCCCUGCAUCUCAACUUUAUCUCAUCCAUUAUGUUGCAAUAGGUUGGUUUGUAACGCUCUAGUUGAAUUGUGAACUCUAGUAAUAUUACUCCAGGGGGUAUAUAAAAAACGUGUUUUCUUCUAAUCCUUAUUUAUAUUUAUGUUUUUCUCGCUGAAAAGACUGAAUUUGGAUACGUAGACUACACUUUACUAAGAAAUGGGCCUAGAACUGUAGUCAGUUGUUGAAAAUUUUCCUCGUCACUGCAUUAAUAACAAAUCUUCACCAAAGGCCAUUUUCGUUUUGUAGGAAUGGCCAUAUCAAACGCUGGUUUUAAGGUCACAUUCAUCAUCCACAGUUGAACAUCUGCAAAUAUACUGAGUGACAAAAAGGUAAACACCUUCCGAUUUUAAUAAUUUUUGGCAUAUAUGUUCAGUGUCACUACUAUAGUAAAGUACCAAAAUUGAUGACAGUAGCGAAAGUCAUCGUACGCCACUGCUAUUACGCGGAGGCCUUCUAAAAUGCGGCGCUUCUUUAUGAAAUGUCGGUAAACGUCGCUGUAAUCAAAGGGUACAGCGUCAAAGCAGUGGCGCACAAUGACUUCUGCUACUGUCAUCAAUUCUGGUAUUUCACUAUAGUAAAAUGAUUAAAUUUUCAACUUGAUUCGUCAACUGACUGCAGAAGCUGGUUCAAUUAUGUGUUUAAGAUCCACGAUUUCUUAUACAUUCAUUGACACGCUUGGGCAUCGUGCUGAUAAGGUGGUCGAUAUCCUGUUGGGGUAUCUCAUUCCAGGCUACUGCAUUUUGGUAAAUAAGAGCUGCUAAAGUCUGUUGAAGGUGUUCAAGAGCCUGCGACCUAUAUGUUCAACUGGAGAUAGGUCAGGAGAUUGUGGUGGUCAAGGUAAACGGUUGAUGCUAUGUUGAUCCAUGAAGGCUAACGAUGCUCUGGCAACAUUCGGUCUGACAUUGUCUUGCUAAUUUUGGAUAGUGUUUAGGUAUGCAAUAAAAUGAGGCUCCACUACUUCUUGAAUAUAGCGUCGAGCAGCCAUAUUGCCUCUGAUGAAAAUUAGUGGUGAUCUGCUACCAUAAGCAAUAGCACCCCAUACCAUAACUCCCACGGUGUGGUGAACGUGACGCUCUCUGCCAAAUUAUGGGUCACGUCUUUCACCAUGUCGCCUUCUCACUCUUGCCCGACCAUCGUGCAUCCUCAGACAGAAGCGGGAUUAAUUAAUAACUAAAGACCACCUGAUUCCAUUCUCGGUCCCAUAGAAUUCUUUCUCUGUACCAGAGCAAACGUUUAUGCCGAUGUUCAGCUGUGAGAGGUAGCACCUAAUGUGAGCGAUAAGAAAAAAAGCCAACCUGUCGUAUUCGGCGAUAUACCGUACGCAUACCAACCAUCCUUCCAUGCUCUUCAAACCACUGAUUAGCGAUGGCUCGAGUACUACUGAGUCUGUCUCUCAGAGCCUGAAGUCUUAACCAGCGGUCUUGUCGCUCCCUGGUCCUUGGGACGUCCAGAACCCCUCGCUUGCUGCCCUCGGACUUCCUGUGCCCACGCUUGUUUACCCUGCAGUUUGAAUGAAUGAAUCUUAAAAUUAGAGGCAUCCCGGCCGCCAUAAGGAGCCAGUGCAUAGGCCACUUAAGCGGGCCCUUAAGGUCCAAAGUAAUGGACCCCAGUAUAGUCUGCCUAUAGUAGCUCGGAGCUUCACAGCGACACAAAACGUGCGCCGAGGGGUCUCUUCCUCUACUCCGCAGCGUUCGCACAAGGGAUCCUCAGCCACCCCCAUCACGUGCAGGUGACGCCUUAACGUGUUAAGGCCAGACACCAGUCCCACCAGCAACCUUAGGUUGGCCCUAUCCAGAGAUAGGCAGAAGCGUCCAUCCUUAGCACUGGGCCCUUCAAUGAGCUCUCGUGCCUGGCGGAGAUGUCUAGAGAUACUUCUCCAUUUCCGAGAGUGUUGUCUUGCAACCCACGUCUUCAUUUUCCUCCUAGCUUUUUGCGCGGUCACUCCUAGAGCUGGCUCAGGACCAACGAGCUUGCUGGCUGACCCUGUUUUCGUCAGAGUGUCCGCCGUCUCAUUGCCCCUUAUCCCAGCGAGCCCCGGUACCCAUAUUAACGAUACCGGAUGCCUCGCUGCGAGGCAAUCCAGAGCCUCCCUGCAUUGCAAUACAAGACUCGAAGUAAUCUUACAGGCACUUAGUGCUUUCAUUGCAGCCUGGCUGUCGGAUAAGAUUGUCAUUCUUCUCCUAGGCCCACCCUCCUCGAGAAUGUGAGAUACACAAGCCAGAAUCGCAAAGAUUUCCGCCUGGAAAAUGGUGGUGUAUCCACCGAGAGGCAGAGAUAGCCUAGUUCUCGGCCCAGAGACCCCAGCACCUGAGCCCUCUUCGGUGACCGAGCCGUCCGUGUACCAGACCUGCCCGCUCACUUCGGAGAGUCCCCGGCUACCGGCGUCCCACUCCUCCCUCGUUGGAUACUCCACAAUAAACUUGCGGUUGAAGCGAUAUUUAGGGGUAAUACGAUCACCCCUGCUUAGAAGGACGGGGUCCUCCCUUUCUAGUUCAACUAAGAUGGCAGUAUGCCCCUUGACAGGAUUCAAGAAAGCCCAGCUGCCCUGACUCCACAGUCGAUGAGCGACUACUCUCGCUUCACCGCGGAUCACCAGAUCCAACGGUGGGAGAUCCAACAGGGCUUCCAUUGCACUCAAUGGCGUUGUUCGCACUGCGCUUGUAAUGCUAAUACAGGCCAAACGCUGAGUUUGGCCUUAGCUGUCUUAGUUCUCAUGCAAGGCCACCAGACCAGGGAGCCGUACAAGAGAGAUGGACGUACUAUCGUCGUGUAGAGCCAGUAUACCACUUUGGGUUUAAGCCCCCACCUUACACCGACAACACGUCUACAAACCCACAUCGAAUUGCGAGCCUUGCUAACCUUGUAUUCCACAUGCUCUCUCCAGUUCAGUUUGCAAUCCAGGAUAAUUCCCAGAUAUUUCACUGACUGGUACAAAACUAAUCUAGUCCCAAAGAAGGUCGGCAUGACCAGCCCGUCAAGGCUUCUUCUCCUAGUGAAUAGGAUCAGCUCGGUCUUUUCAGCAUUAACAGAAAGAUCGACUUCCCUACACCACGAUUCCACGGAGCGCAGAACGCCCUGCGUAAUUUCCGAGACUGUUCUACAGAAACGCCCCCUAACUACUAUGCUUACGUCAUCAGCAUAGGCUUGCGCGUAGACACCCAUACUGCUGAGCCUAACGAGGAGUUCGUUCACCACGAUACACCACAGUAGGGGUGACAGAACUCCGCCCUGAGGGCAGCCUCUAGCUACAUUCACGCUGCAGCUUACGUUAUUCAGCAUAGCUGCAGUUUACUGUUGGUUCUUCUAGAAACUACUCUUAUCGAUAGACCGGCCUCACGCAUCCCGAUUUUGAGCAAUCACAACAUACUGUAUAAUUAUGAAAAAUUGUUCUAAAACGAUUGCUCAAUUGCUUAUCCUGCCACCUAAUAGCCAUAUUGAGACGGACAUUUUUUCUCAGUGAUUGCUCUUCUCAAACUAAUAAUUAUGUGAGUUGUAUAUUAUAGUGAGAGUGUUCGAUCGCGACGACUUUUAUUUAGUAUGUUGUUGUUAUUUUUGUAAAUAAUAAAGUACUUGUUAAUAUUAUGAUCGAAA